AUGGCCAACGUCAGCUACGGUCGAGUUGCUCAAAAGAAGACGGGCCUCAGGAUUGUUCUUCUUGGAAGAACUGGAGUCGGAAAAAGUGCAGCAGGAAACACCAUGUUAGGAGGAAGAUUGUUUCAGUCUAGAGUCUCUCUUUCCUCUGUGACAACAGUCUGUCAGAGGGAAACCAGUAAUGUUGGUGGUUUAAAUCUGGCUGUCAUUGAUACUCCAGGUCUGUUUGAGACUGGUAAAGGUAAUGAAGAGGUUGUGCAGGAGAUACCUAGAUGCAUCAGCAUGGCGGCUCCUGGUCCUCAUGUGUUCCUGAUUGUGAUCCAACCAACCAGAUUCACUAAAGAAGAUGAAAAAAUUGUGGAAAUAAUCCAGAAAAUGUUUGGAGAAGCAGCAGCAAGAUUUACCAUGAUCCUGUUUUCCCAUGGAGACGAGCUGAAAAAGGGAAACGUGACGAUGGAAAACCUGUUAGAAACAUCCCAGUCUCUAAAACACGUCAUCAGUCAGUUUGCCAUUUUCCAGGAAUUUGAAGACAAAUAUCAUGUCUUUGACAACACAGAUGAAGAUUCUGCUCAAGUCAGAGGAUUGAUGCAGAAGAUCAACAGAAUGGUUAAGGGAAAUGGAGGAAGUUUCUACACCAAUGAAAUGUUUGAAAAGGCACAAAGAGCCGAGCAAGAAGAAUCAGAACGACUCCGCAGAGAAAAUUCUGGCAAUAAUCCUGGAGAUGCAAGAGGGCAGGCAGAGAGAAACAACUUGAUGAUCGUGGGAGCUUGUGUGGGUACUUCAGCAAUGGUUUGUGGAAUGGCUGCUGGAGUUGCUGGUGGCGUUAUUGUUAGGCAGAUCCUGAGGCAGUGGUUUGAGCUGCAGUAGCAGUGGAACAGAAAGCCUGCAUUAUACAUGUGUUUGAUGUUUUGGCCGCAGCUUAUUAAAUAUGAUUAAAAUGUUCAGCUGUGCUAUAGGCAACAUGCUGAAUCCCUAAUUAAUAUCCUAAAUAUCAGAGCAUGAAUGUGUGAAAAUCUUAAGAUGACUUGCAACAUAUUAUCUUGUACUGCUGACCAAAAGUUUAUAUAUUUAGCUGAGUCUCUUUGAAAUGAAGCCACUAAAAGAGCUACAACACCUCAACUCUUUACUUCUUCCUUAAUUCAUAAAAUAAGGAUGAAGUAAUGGUGCAUUACUUCUAUAUUUUGUGUCUGUAUGAACUUAUCUUAACUGAGUUUCUGUCCUCUGCACUACAUUCAUCCAUCCUGAAGAUGAGGGAUGGAUGAAAAUAUAAAACUUUCUCGCUCUGAAUGAUAUUUUUACCAAUGGAUGUAAAAUAAACGGAAUUAAACUGUAAUGUGAUUUAUUUGAAUUAUAUUAUAAAAGGAGUUUGAUUCAACUGGAUUUCAUAAUUGCACAUGAUCGAUUGCCAUAUAAUUCAUUCAGAUUUGUGUGUAAACAAGUUAAUUAAUAUUUUA